AUGGCAGAUCAAGUUCAGCAAGAAUCGCAUCAUGCAUUUAUUUGCAAAAUCAUAGGCGGAUUACUCGGUAUUCCGGAACACGACCUCACCAUUGAGAAAAACACCGUGGCCACAAACAACCACGUAUACAUGAUCAACCUUGCCAAAGCUCUGAUGUCGGAAAAGGUAUCCCACGACGUCAAGCCUUUUACCGUGGCAGUUCCUGCCGGCACCUCCCAUCUCGUAAUGCGCAUCGCACGAGCGAAUAAUAACGUUGAGGACUCUAUCCGAAUCCGCAAUGAAGUUGCAUUCUUAACUCUUGCUCAAGAGGCUCUCGCAGAGGUUGAUCCGUUGCUGGUUCCUCGCGUCUUUGGUUGGGAUGACGCUGCCGAACCAAGCUACAUUCUCCAAGAGUUCAAACAUGGCGAGCCAAUAUCUUGCGAUUAUUUGCAGGGGCUUAGUGAGCAAGAUGUAGCCUCUGUCUGUCAGCAGCUUGCUGCCGUUACGAGCGCCCUCCAAGGCUAUCGGCUACCUGUUGAUGGGUAUGGCGGCCUCACAUUUGACGAUGCCGGAAAAAUGUCUACUACCAAGGUUAUUUUUCGCACAGGAGGCCCUUUUUCGACCUAUACCGAGUAUUUAAAGGCAACGCUCGAAUGGCAACUGGAACAGAGCGACAGUGUCGCCGCGCUCAACGGUUGGAGAGACGUACCUGGUCUCCGAGCCAGAAUCGAUGCCUUUGUCGCCGACGGGCUUGAUAAGAUUUUAUCCAGAGUGCCUGAACACAAGCCUACACUAGUCCACGGAGAUUUAACUCUACCCAAUCUCCUCUUCGACCUCCGUACAAACCGUCUCGUAGCCGUCGUAGACUUUGACUUUGGUCACAUCGGUAGCACAAUCACCGAAUUUUUAUACUCAUUUCCCGAGUUUCAAGGCAUUCUCCUGGGCCUGGCAGAGCCUGAGGGCGAUCUACGAGGCCUGAUACUCAACGGGUUUGUCGGCGAAGUGGAUGCUGAAUUUUCCAUUGGAAAAGCGUGGGAUAAGGCUUUGGCCGCUCAAGGAGCCAUGAGACCCUCCACCAUUGAGGGAUCUGCAGACGUCGCGGAUGUGUGGUGGUUUUCGCAGGAGCUGAUGCAAUUCCACUGGUUGCUACCUCGAUUCUACGAGAGCCAGUCAAAUGAGCAGAUUCAAGGAUGGGUGUCCGAGUCACGACAACAACUUGAAACAUACUUGGACCAUUGGGGUUACUAG